AUCCAAUCAUAAUCUGCUUCUCGAACCUUUGUUUCCCACCGUCCUAUGAUCUACCCCCACUGAUUUCAUACAUCGUUGAUUACAAUCAGAUACCGCUUCUUUGACUUCCUUCCAUCCCUCCAUACGCUCCUCCAAACCAUCGCCUUACACCUCCCUCUUCCAUUAUGUCUUCAAAUUCUACCUCCGUUGACACUAACACCUUAUUUCCUCUCAAAUCCAUGAAACCAACGUCAUCGAUGCUUCCUCAAUAUCCCAGUGAGCGGUCAUCGAUGGUGCCCAACAAAAACCUUAAAUUGAUUUCCAUCGUCUGUUUGUCCAUCUCCAUAUCAGGGAUCUCUUUGACGUCGAUAGCUACCGCCUUCGACCACCUGCUGCUCCGUCUUCCUCUUAAAAUCAAUCAAACCCGAACUCGCCAAUUUCUCUGUCGCAAUAGAUUUCUGAUUCUGUGGAUUUCAAAAUUUACAGUCUGGAGUGCUCAUCAACAGCAGAAACGCUACGUAUCGACAUUGUUGCAGGAUGAGAAGAUGCUAAGAAAGGCUUUCAGUGUUACAAAUGCUUAUGGUGCAAUUACUGUGACAGAGAGAGGAGCACUUCCGUCACUAUCCACUAGAGAUUUAGUUAAAGUUGUACUAUUUUAUCCGAGUCAUGGUUUACAACGUAUCUUAGUUGGAUGUUUAAAAGCGGAUCUGCAACAAGUGAGGGAUGAACUUACUCAGUACAACAUCAAGAUCAGUAGUUUUGCAGCUUGCAUCGUAAUUUUAGUAGAAAAAAUUUACACCGUCAUCAUGACGUCACUCACUGUAGCAGAAAAAUCUGCUCAAUCAGCCCACUUUUGGGCCAUUCUUCUCAAAAGGGAGAAUUAUCAAUUUUGGAAAACUAUGGUGGAACCCUUCUUGUCGGCAAACAAACUAUCAGGGUAUCUUAAUGGAUCGAUCUCGUGUCCUCCCUUACAAAUAACUACAAAAAACAAGACAAUAGAAAAUUUGGCUUACGCGACUUGGAAAGCAAAUGAUGAUCAUGUAAAGAUGUUACUACUCUCUUCAAUCUCUGAAUAA